CAACUCCGAAGAACGCACUUGAACCUCCCAGGACGCAUCGCCAAACCAUCUCUCGCCAUGUCCAUUGUAGCCAGUCGCAGUGGUAGCCGUAGAUACAGCUCACGUAGCGGUGUCGGUUCGAGUGGCCUCAGUUUGUCCGGUGGGAUGCAGUUUUCCAGCGGUUUGGGAGGCGGUAGGUCCCGUAUGAGCGUGUCCUCUGUUGGGAGCAGUCGCGCGCCGAGUGUAUAUGGAGGUGCCGGGGGAUACGGCACCAGUAUCUCUCAAUCCACUUUCCCUAUGGACGGGCCAGGCCAGAUCACUAUCGGUGCCAACGAGAAGCAUACCAUGCAAAAUCUGAACGAUCGUUUGGCCACCUACCUGGAAAAGGUGCGCUCUCUAGAGGCAGCCAAUAGCAAGUUGGAGUUGCAGAUCAAAGAGUUCUACGAGAUGAGAUCACCAACUCACAAGAAGGACCUCAGUGGGUUCUAUGGCACCAUCACAGACAUCCGCAACAAGAUCCAAGCCAGGUCUGUGGAGAACUCUCAGAUGAUCCUGCAGGUGGAUAAUGCCAGACUUGCAGCUGAUGACUUCAAGAUGAAGUUAGGGACGGAGGCUAACAUGCGUAUGAAGAUAGAAGGGGAUGUGGCUCGUCUGAGAGGAGUCCUAGACAGCUUUACACUCACCAGAGCAGAACUGGAGAUACAGAUUGAGGGGCUGAAGGAGGAGCUGGUCUACCUCAGGAAGAACCACGAGGAGGAGAUGCAUUUGAUGCGGACGCUGCAUUGUGGUGCUGUGAAUGUGGAGAUGGACUGUGCUUCCUCAGUGGACAUGAGCAAGGUGCUGGAAGAGAUGAGGACCCAGUAUGAGGGCAUGAUAACAAAGAACCAGAGAGAUGCUGCCAAGUGGUUUGAGAGCAAAGUGGAGGUGCUUCAGAACCAGAUCACCACCAGCACCACAGAGGUGAAGACCUCUCAGUCUCAGGUCACCGACCUGAAGAGGACCUUCCAGAGCCUGGAGAUUGAACUGCAUGGCCUGCUCACUCAGAAGGGGUACCUGGAGCAGAGCGUCGUUGAUAUAAACGGCCGCAACGGCUCCCAGAUGAGCCAGCUGCAGGUUUGUAUCAACAGCAUGGAGGAGGAGCUGCAGCAGCUCAGCGUCAGCAUCCAGCAGCAGGCCUCUGAGUACCAGAUCCUCCUGGACAUCAAGAUGAGGCUGGAGAUGGAGAUCGCUGAGUACAGGAGGCUGCUGGAUGGAGAGGGACUCAGUAGGCAUGUGGAGACCAGACAGGAGGUCAGGAAGGUGAUCGUGGUCGAGAAGGUCCAGGAAGUACAACAAAUCCAGGAAGUGGUGGAAGAGUAUAAUCCACACAUGCAGAAGCGGGUGAGGGUGAUCGUGGAGGAGAUGGUGGAUGGGAAGGUGGUGUCCACCUCAGUAGAUGAGAAGGUCCAGGAUAUGAACUAACUGAGAAGGCCAGAUAGUUCCGGAAUCUGGUGAAGCGGUAACAGACCACCCAUACCCCUGGACCACCCAUACCCCUGGACCACACAUACAACUGAUGAGGGGUGAUCAAGCC